GAUGACAAUUGAUAGAAAAACAGUAUAAAUAUUAGAAGGCAGUCACAGUUGGGAGAAUCGAUAGAGUGAAGAAACAGGAUUCAUUCCUCUGCCUUGGUUUCGGCAACGGAUGACUUGUUCAUCUUCAACUCUUUGGUAUUCGGAAAUGAUUGUAGUUGGAAUACUACUGCUGAGUGGCUUCGAAUUGGACAAAAGCUCUGCUGAAGGUUAUAUGUAAUACAAUAUAGUGUAUUAUUGGCCAAUUAUAUAUUCAUCUGGACAGAUGCAAAGUAUGAAGAUUAGGUUGGCAGCAGAGGAAGUAUUCACAACAUUCACUGAGAAGUCUAUUUGGAUUCCUUCCGAUACCAUGGUAAUAAUAGACUGUGUGGAUGAGGAAGGUGAAAUAGUGGUACGAAUAUAUGAAGAACGGAGACAAACAUUUGCAAAAGAAAUGAGAUCAAGGUCUGUUGAUAAUUGGGGUCAAGUUACAGUGAUAUGGGUUAAAGAUGGCAAUUCUAAGUUAACAGUGGGAAGUCAUGUUUUUUUGGGUCCUGCUUCAGGCAAAAAAGGCUUUAUAACUCGAGUACAACUUCAUUGUGAAUGUGAUGGUACUGUUGGUAUGGACAGCAAUCAAAGAAAAGAUCAUCGAUUAGCAUGUGCUCCAGGCAACUCAAUCCCAGUUGCUCUGGAGCCCCAAGAUUUUCCAUAUAAACCUUACCCUUCGGUAGAGUCAACGACCAUUGACACCACAAUCAUUGCAGUGACAACUGUUACUAGUCCUUUGUUGUGUGAUGAGAUUCAGACAGACACAAAGGGAGUAGGUCUUGUAUUAGAAGAAACAGAAGAGCGAAUUAUUCUAGUGCCAGGGUAUAGACACGUGCAAGUAUUGUUCAACUUAACGUCGCUUCAGAUUCCUAGUUGGUGUGGAAUAAAUCUCCAGGAACUUUUCCAACAUUUAUUAAUUGAACAGUUUACCCACUCAGAAUUGAAAACAGGAGAGAGGCGAAGACGGGGGCUUAUUGAAUUUAUGGGAUUGGGAUACACUGCUGGAGUUUCCACAGUAAAUACACUGGAUAUUGCGGAGCUAAGCUCUCAGGUAAAUUCUCUAAGGAAAAAGAUGAAAGAAAUAGUAAAUCGGGAUUUUCAGGAUAUGGGAGGGGUGAGCACAUUAGGUAAGCAACAAGCAAAUGUAGUUUCGGAAAUGCUCCAUAUUUUACAGCCAUUAGGAGAUAUGACAAACUGAAUUAUUGACAGAGUUAACACUGAAACUACUCAACACACUAAGGAUGCUGUUUGCUCAACUUAUACCUCGUGGUUACUUUCUGUAAUUGGGCUUAAUAUGGUACAAUUAGAGAACCAUAGGGUUCCCGAUUGGAUUUCAGAUGAACAGUUAAAAGAAUGGGUUGGUACUAACACACCAGCGUGUCACAUUAGAGAAUUCACUUUUACAAAUCAUCUCCUUGGAAAUUGUAGGAAUGGAUCUGGACCACUCUAUGUUGGAGCAGUUCUUCACAUUCCUUACCAUAGUGAUAACCAAACAUACACACUGUACAAGGUUCAUAAUGUUGGGAAGUAUCAAGACAGAGUUUCGAUUUCACUUACCAAUCCACUUACCAAUUACUUAUUCUAUUAAGUGGCAAGGAUCUACAAAGGGUGUAAAUUUGGCUUCCUGUCAUCAAAAGGGGGAAUAUUGCAUCUGUCCAGAGGAUUUGCUUAAGAAUGGGUUAACAGAUUGUGGGUUUGUUUCUUAUGAUAAUUGUUCUCUAUCUAUUUUACCUCUCAAUAACAGGACAUUCAUAAAGUUUGCUUUGGUGAAUGAUACUUACUACUUUGCUACUUCAAGCACACAUUACAAGAAGGGAUCUUUAACAUGCAGUUUGUAUAACCAUAACGUAGCACUUUCCAAUGUUUUGAGGGACUUAUUUUUAGCUGGACAAGUGUUACCCAAACCUGUUGUAAAGCCACCUAUUCACCUGGAUAUAUAUAUCAAUGAUACUGCUGAGGGCUUACUUAGAUAUGUACCUACAGCUCUUCCACCCAUCCCUCAUUUUACUGCACAGUGGGAUCGAGUAAUUAACCAUAAUGAAGCCAUUAUUAAACAGUGGGAUGAAUUGUCCAAGACUAUUAAAGAUUAUGCAGAUUUAGCUAAUGAUAUUUUGCAGGAUCCACCGUUUUGGAGUAAGGUUUGGAACUGGGGUCGGAACGUUAAUGUACAUCCUUGGAUACGUAUUAUUUCACAUGUUGUUAUAGUUCUGCUUCUCGUUCUAAUGAUCAUCCAGUGUAUUUUCCUAAUUGUUUCCCGCAGGCAGCUUAAACAACUCAAGGGUUUGCGUGCUAAAUCUCAUUCCAAUUCUCUUUGCAGCAAUGUUGUCUGACUUUACACCAUGGUGUUGUCUUACUUUGAGUACUAUGUACCUAUACAUCAUUAUAUAUGCUAACAUACAGUAUGAAAUCAGAUAAGUUUCAUCAUGUUUCUUUUAUAAGCUUUUGUACUGAUAUUAUUUUAAAUAUGCCAGUAUUUUGAUAGACUCCACAAAAUGUAAUAUGAUAUUUUGUUAGUAUCUUUAUUGGCAUUAUUUGUUGUCAUCAUGAAUGCUAGUGUUCCUUUUGUCCUGUACUCACUCAGAUAUAUAAACUAAAAUUGGGGAGAUGUUUUGUCAUGUAAGAAUGUAAGAAUGUCAUGUAAGAAUUCCCCUGUGGGAAUGACAUUCACAGCAUUGAAAUACAACAACCAACGAGCCUGAGACUUUUUCUGAUUAAUGUUCAGCCUGAUGUUGAGAAGCUGAUGUCACUGCAACAAGCCCAUCCAUCCCAUUGAGAGGCGAAUAAGCAAUGAAGUACUGAAUAGUUGGACUACUAAUGUAUGCUGUAAAAUUGUUAAUGAAAAUUGAUUUUACUGUGAUUAAAGAAACAAUUGUAUUUGUA